AUGCCCGCCAUCCUCGACGCCGUUCCGGCGCCAACAAGCGGCGGCUCUACGACGGUCCUGCACCGCAGCCGCCGCACGCGCAUAGCUCUGCUUUCGCUGCAAGCAUGCUGUCUCAUACUGAGCGUUCUCACCAUGGCGUUGAUGGCCAACGUGCUGUACAUUGCACGAAAUAUCGAAAUCGAGGACCCCGGUUUUGUCAUACAUCGCGCCAGCUCUGCGCUGGUCGUGUGGGCUGGCGCAGGCGGCAUUGUCAACGCCGCUAUUGUGAGCUAUCUGGUCUAUUCUGCUGCAACACGGCCCGGUAAAAUCUUUGGCUUGAACAUCACCGGAAGACAGAACUUCCCCCUCCGCCCCCUUCCCACACUAACCUUCCUCCUCGCCUUCGCCUUCAUGCGCUCUCUCGUCGCCACCUGCUACGCCUUCACCGACUUCGACGCCGCCGACGCCCUCGCCCUCGCCUGGGACGGCGAGUUCGACACGCGGCCUUCGUUUUUCACGCCCGAGACGUACGCCGCCAACCAGGGCUGGGGCGACGGCACGAGCCCGCAAGUCGCCAACCGCGCUGCGGCGGCGCGCGGCUGCUGUGCGGCGCUGACGGCGCUGGCCGGAGUGGGGUUGUUGGCUGUGCUGGUGGUGUGGCGGAAGGAGAGGAUGGUGGUGGGGAGGGAAAGGGUGGGGUCGGUGGGUGGGGGUGAGGGUGAGGGUGAAGGAGGGGCUGGGGGGUUCAAGGCGGGCGAGGAGGUGGAGGGAAGGGAGGUGGUGGAGAUGGGGGAGGGGCGGCGGGUCGAGCUGGCGGGGAGCGAUGGCAGGCACGAGGCGGAGGGGAAGCAGAUGCAUGAGAUGGAUGGCGGCGGGGCGGGGGCGCACGAGGUGCAGGGCGCGCAGAUACAUGAGAUGGCUGGCGGCGAGGAGCAGCAACGGCGGGUGUAUGAGAUGGAUGCGAGUGAGGCGGCGUUGAGGGGCGAGGACGCCGUCAAGUGGGAGCGGCAUCCUUGA